AUGGCGCAUGGCAACUCCAACACCGCGCAGCGAUUGGAUGCCCCUACCCCGGCGCACCCGCAGACCCCGGGAGUCAUGUCUAUGGGCACCGGACAACAGCAGUCCACUGCCGUCCAGCAGUCCACUGCCGUCCAGCAGUCCACUGUCAUCAAGCAGUCCACUGCCGUGCAGCAGUCCACUCCCGUCCAGCAGGGCGUCAGCCCGUAUGGCACGCCGUUUAUCGGGCAGCGGUCUGGGGCCCGCACAUCGGGGCACGUCCACAAUGAGGGAGGCAUGAUUGGGGGUGGUGUUCAACCGUCCACUGCGGUACAGCAGGCCGCCGUGAUGUACCGCACUCCCGAGCCAGCGCCUUCAGCCAGAGGUCAUCCAUCGGGUAACUAUACACCGGCGGCCUCCGGGUUCCAGACGGACAAUCCCGGGAACAACGGGUUCAAUUAUGAUCCUCCUGGACAUGGGAGAAGCACGGACAACGGGCAGACGGCAGCCCAGCUCCUAUCCAUCCAGAGCGCACAGAGAAGGCCCUACGGCGAGGAGAAGCGUGGGGAACAUUGCAGCAUCGCGGGGCCGGACCGAGCGGAGGGCUUGAGCAAGGGAGUUCCUUUCAGCAACGUCAACACGGGACAACUGCUGGGGGCUGUGAAGGCGUCUGUGUUGUAUCUAGAUAUUAUAUUUGGCGGUGGUGACGGCGGGUACAACUCGUCAGAGGGCAUCGGGGUCGAGAAGGUUGUCGCCGCCCCGCUCACGUCUGCCGCCACCUUGGGCGUUGAUGCGCAGGGGACGGGAGGGAGUUCGUCGACUUCGGCGGCCACACAUGAGUCUGUCGCCGACCCGGUCAAGACGGUGAUCAACCCGUACCUGAAGGACAGCCGUACUUCCGGGUCUAAGACAUCACGCCCCGGCACGAGUCCUGGGAGCCGUACUUCCGGCGGAGGCGCCCCCACCCCGGUAGGAUGCAACAAGAAGGCCGGUUUUGUUCCUGGGGUUGGCGUCCCCUCUCGCCUCCCCGACUCCAGACGCAAGUCUGGUUGGCUGUCCGUGCAGCAUUCUCCUGCUCCCUCUGCCCCCUCGGACAGGCCUACCGAGGUCGUCUCCCGCGUGGACAAUGUCCAUGUCAAAAAGUCGGUCCAGGCCGCCGUGGCGCACGCCGUGCCGAAGCAUCUAAACGCGGCGCUUACGGGGGCCGCCCUAAAGAAGGCCGUCGACAGCAAGGCCUUCAACCAGUCGCUGGGGGCUGUCGUCAAGCAGCAACUUUCGGGCCCGACCAAGAAGUUCAAGGAGGAUGUUAGGAAGUCAGUGUUGGACGCCACUGCGGAGGGAGUGUCCAACAUGCUGCAAGGGCACCUCACCAAGAUACAGCAGGCGGUGAACGCGGCUACGCAGGCUCAAGAGCAGCAGAGCCUGCGCAAUGCGAAGUCGGCUGCACCCCUGCAACAGGCGACAGCUGCAUUCUCGAAGGCCGGCGACGGGAAGAAGGGGAAGGGUGGCGCUCCAGGUCUCGACGUGAGUAUGAUCGAUGAGAAGAUCACGAACACCGUCGACACGAAGGUGGCCCAACUGCGCCAACAAAUCAGCUCGGACGUCCGCCAGCACAUGACCACCCUACUGGCCGAGCUGCAGAACUACCGGCCGGGAGGCGCCGGUUUCAACAUAGCCCGAGCAACGUCGUCCUUGGUAGGUGCUUGGGUGACAGAGAGCCUGGACGGCCUCGCUCAGUCAGUUGCCACGAAGGUGACGACGUAA